AUGAUACGUUGUACGGAUCCUGCCAAUCGGCCGGAAUCUCGAGGCUCGCAGAAUGCCGUACCGGUAGGAGUGCCCUCUGGCCCGGCGGUAGGCUACCGUCCAGAUGUUACCGUGUCUGCGGACGAACGGUUCGACUCGGAUACGUGGGGUCGCACGCCAACCAAUUACUCAAUCAUCGAAGAAGACUCCGUGAUCGAAGAUACCGGACGCAGUUAUCACGGAUACAAGCAAGGGAAGUACUAUAUACCAAAUGACGGAGUAGAGCAAGAUCGCCUAGAUUUCCAACAUCGCAUGUUUCUAGAAGCCCUCGAUGGCCAGCUCUCUCUGGCGCCUCUUCCAGACAGUCCAAGACAAGUUCUUGAUAUUUGCUGUGGUACAGGAAUAUGGUCCAUACAAUUUGCCGAGGCACAUCCUGACUCGACUGUUCUGGGAACAGACCUGAGCUUCAUUCAGCCGUCAACAGGCAUUCCACCAAACUGCUCUUUCAUCAAGGAGGAUGCAGAGGACGAAUGGUUAUAUCCGCACAAGUUCGACUACAUACACUUCCGCUUUGUCACUACUUGCUUUGAUGAUCCGAAAGCCGUCAUGCGCUCGGCUUUCGAAAAUUUGAACCCAGGCGGCUGGAUAGAGUAUCAAGACAUACAGACGGGUUUCUGGUCUCCCGAUGAGUCUGUCCGUGGGACCAGCAUCGAAAAGUGGGGAAGACACCUGAUUGCAGGAGCAGCCGCCAAAGGACGGAACAUAGACGUUGCACGACAUUACAAGACGUGGAUGGAAGAGUUGGGCUUCGAAAAUGUGACCCAGGUAUCUGUACCCUUGCCAGGAAACGUUUGGCCGCGUGACCGCAAAUGGAAACGUGUGGGGGCUUACCUCUCUCGAGAUCUUCUCAUGGGCCUGGAUGGCAUCUCUCGGAAAAUGCUCGUCGCAGCUGGACUCUCGCCUUCAGAAAUCGCAACAUUGUUGACCAAUGUCAGAAAGGAGCUUGUCAAUACACAGAUCAGAUGGUCAUUCCCUGCAGUGGUAGUGUACGGUCAGAAACCGCUUGUGACCCGUCAACUUCCUCCGCUCAAUGGCUUGUCAGUUCGCCAAGCUGACAGUGUAGAAGAGUCUGCAUUACGCAAGUUUGACUCUGGAACACGGGAUUACUUGAGGUGA